UUUCACCUGGGAAAUUCCGACCGACUGGAUGGAGCGCAGUAUAUGGAUGUACUCAGUAUAAAUGUAUAUAUGCUGUAUGCAAAGUUAUUGCUGCAGCAGGAUGUUUGAAAGUCCGGGUGUUUUGGUUUGGGAAGUACUGUUUUCGGGUUAUUUUCACACUGUUUACUUUUUUUUUUUUGCUAGGACCAGUAUAUUAGCCUGUCUCUUACAGCCAUCUACUGUCAGCGAAUUUUUCCCGGAACACCGUUCUGAAGUACGACAUUUUCUUUUUCCUGCCUUGAAAUGAAAGGGUCCGAUUCAGCAGAAGUUCUGCUCGCCUGGAACACUGAGACUCGAUCUCAGUAAAUCCCUGAUGGCCGAGCAGCUCUAGAUGGAUUUUCUGCUAUCAAAAUACAAAAGGAUGGCUUAUUCAGCAUGCAGCCCAGCUAGAAAAUGGGAUGGAGACUGGAAGGUUCUACACUAGUGCCCAUCUUGAUGUCACUUCCUCCAGUCCCAGACUACUGUUUGGAACUGAUCAGCUGCAGCUGCACCUCAAGAUGUAUGAGUGCACGAUGUAUGUGCAAAAAGUCCCACGUUGCUCUGCUGCAUUGCCCAGAUCUUCCUCUUACUGUUGUUGAGGAAAUCCUUCUAUACCUACCUGGCCAGCAGGUGAUUUGUGUGUGCCGUUUAGUGUGCAAGGAGUGGAAGUUGGUGGUGGACAGCACUGCGUUUUGGAGAGAGCGAUGCCGUAGGGAGGGAUUCAAGCCUCUCAGUAUCCCGAACGUCCCAAGAUAUUGGCAGGCCUUUUAUUUUCUAUGUAAGAUGCGCCGGAAUCUUUUGAAGAACCCCAAUGCAGAUGAGAAAUUCACUGGCUGGAAAAUCUUACAAAAUGGAGGUAAUCAAUGGGCUAUAGAGAAUUUGUUUGCACCUCAUCCAGAUGACACUGUAACAAAAUGCUUUGUUACCUCUUAUGGGCGAUGCAUAAAGAGCCAGCUGAUCAACCUAGAGAAAGAAGGUUACAGGCCUGCGUUUAUGGAUAAAAUACAGCCUGACAUUGUGAUAUCAGACUGGUAUGCUGCACGGUGGGACUGUGGCAGUGUCUAUGAAAUUCGUGUCGAGUUACUCGAUAACAAGAAGAAGGUAAUAAAGUUCUUUGAACCUGAGCAAGUGACAAUACCACAGUGGAAUGAUCAGCAAUGGAAGCAGGUGACUCAUACAUUUAAGGACUAUGGACCUGGUGUUCGAUUUAUUCUUUUUAAACAUGGAGGGCAGGACACGCAGUUCUGGGCUGGACACUACGGAAUACGAGUUACUAACAGCAUUGUGGAAAUCUUCCCAGCAACUGAAGGAUAGUGCCUAAAAUAGUGAAUAGUGUGUGUGUGUGUGUGUGUGUGUGUGUACACAGUGUCUGUCAAAAGUUUGGGCACACUUUCUAAUUCAGUAUUUUUUUCUUUAUUAAGACACUUCAUGUUUGAAAGUAAUGAUGGAAUGUCUCUACUUAGUUGAGCAAUUAUUGACAAAAUAUGGAUUUUUAUUUACUGUUUAAUGGUCUCAUACACUUAUUUCAGUUCUGAUGUCUUCAGUACUACUACAAUGUAGAAAAGUCAAAAUACAGUAAAAUAUGCGAAUGAGGAAAAAAAUUAUAUCAUAACAUCCUAAUUAUGCUAUUGCUUCUAAUUGCUACCAAUUACUGUUAUCUUGUUAAUUACCAUGUUUAAAUUGUGUGAACACACAUUAUCUGUCUGCAUUUGUACUGUUGUAUUAUUUAAUAGCCCAUUAAUACCUUAUGAUUUAGUGUUAUUUGUUAUAUCUUUGUAUUUCAAAUGUUUGUUUUCCAAUUUUUCUGUGGUAAAAUUGGCUGGAUGUCAUGAAAAGAAAGAAAAUGAGACAGAGUAUUGCCUGAGAUGUUCCAUGAAGGUAGCCCAAUUAUCUCAUUUACCUGUGAUUUGCUCUGAGAAGUAUAAUUUUAAACCAAUAAAAUAUCAGAUUAAAAUA